CUCUUAAGUCCGAUCAGCUACACCGUCCGGUUCUGCGACUUUGGCCAGGCAAAUGCCGUACGCUCGCCGUGCAGUUGCUCGAUUGGCAAAAUUUUAGGACCAGGAAAGUGUUCUAGGGAGUAGCGUGCAUUCUGGUAGGGGCUUAGCGUAGGCCGCAUAGGCUAUUUCACCCUUAUCCCGGCUUUGCUUGUCCCGGACCGCCCAGCACCAUGUCGAUGAAGACUCUAGCCGAUUAUAUUAGGUGGCGUAACAAAGAGCCCGUCCGUGCGGCUGUUGAGGAGUGGCGGCCCCCUGUGCCGGUCAUCAGCUAUGACAAGCCUCAGGUCGAUGUGCUCUCGCCGCUUGACAAGGACCCCAUCAUCCGUCGUGUGCUUAUCAACCCUAAGGUGAAGGCGCCGCGGGUGUUUCCCAUCCUGGGCUCUCCCGGCUACCAAUUCUUCGCGGGCCUCUGGACCGGUGCCAUGCUGACGUUCAUCUUCACUAGCAAGCCUCUGGGCCGUAAGGAGGUGGAGGACCUCGUCAAGUAUGACCCAGCCUACUUCCCGGAGUACGCGAAGGCGCAUUAAGCUAUUGUUCGAGGACAGAGGCCGAGCUGCAGUGGAAUAAGCGGCAAUGCUUUGAUAUUACAGCUUAAUGGACUAGUUUGUAUUGGCGCAUGGAGGCCGCGGAGCAGCUUCUGUCGGUAGGGACCAUUGCUGGGUUUGCACUUGCAUAGUUCGCCAGCUUCAGCUUUGGUGCCGUCGGAUGCUGUCUGGCAGAGCUCUGGUACGCAGCGGUUGUCGAGUUGCGCAUGGGGCAUGUGCCGAAAGUGUGUGUUGGCGUGCGCACUAGGGGUUUCGCGAGGAUAUGGCGUGGAGAGCGGCGCUAUCUCUACAUGGCGUGGUGUACUGUGGAGUGGCCUCUAACAAUAGACGGAUGAAGGGGGACGAGUUUGAAUGGCUGUGCAGCAUGGUGCACGCUUAGGUAGGACCCUGG